UAUAGAUGGUCUCUGUUAUAUUUUAAUAGAUGGUCUCUGUUUGUUGAAAAUAAGUUCUUUAAAAAUUGUUACUGUUUAUAUUUUAAUUAUGUUUAAAAGUUGCUGUGCGCGACCAAAAAAGAUACCCAAAAGUAAAUCAAAACCCGAAAAGAUAGACACGAUGUCUGAAUUCGAAGUUGCCGAUGCAAACCAGAAGUUGGGAGAGGAAGUUAGUGAGUCGAAAGAUGAGGCUGUGCCAAAACCUUGUAACGAUAAAAUCGUACAAGAAAAAGUUACCCCAGAUGCUCCUGAAAAAGAUAUAUGUAUUCCUGAGAGUACAAAUGACGUAAGUGAGAUUGAAAUAUCUGAUGAAGUUGACACAAAUCCAGGCGAUGAUUCCACUGAUGAUGUUAUCAAUGAUGAUAUUUUAGCCCAAGUGUAUAAAAGGGAAUUAAUGAAAAAAAGAUAUUCGGUGGAUAUCAAGAAAAGCCGCAUGGAUUUCAAAAGGUUCUCGGUUGAUUACCGUCGAGAUACGGCUACGUUAGAGGAAUUGGCGCGCCUUGAGCAAAAAUUAGCACAGACGAAUUUUGAUAUGCGGCCUGGCGGCCGACGUAAGUCUACUGGGAUACUUAAAACGAGUGUUAGCACUGGAAGUGGGGACCACAAGUCUUUUCAAGAGCCAAGCUCUGAUGACGAUGACGUCUUUGAAAAGGGUAUACCUGAGUCUACCGAGGGGCCGACUGAGCCUCCAGCAACGCCAGUGGGACGGGACGAACUGGCUAUGCGGAGACAUCGAUUCUUCUCCGACCUGGUAUGCGCCGCGCGCGCAGCCGUCGAGCACCGCGUUCGUUUCGACCCCCUCGGGCCUGUAGUUGCUGAACCCGGCGGUGAACCCGAGGCGACAGCUGCAACCUACAGCCCCGCAGCAGACCUCGAGGCUUUGAUCGAGCGGCUGGAGCGAGUGACCUCGCGCCUGGAACGCCUGCCGCAGCUGCUGCCGCGCUCGCCGCCCGCCACCCCCGCGACCCCGGCGUCGCCCGCCCCCUCCCCCGCCCAGCAGGACGAGCCUGACCUCAUCCUUACUGACAAUAUGAGUAUCAGCGGGUUCCAGGACAUAAUACAGGGUCCGCUCCGGACGUAUUUGGAGCUGUCCAAAAAGAUCGGCGGAGAUGUCGCCACUCACGCCGACCUCGUCGGAAAUGCUUUCCAGGCUCAAAUGCGCUACAUUCAGCUAGCGGGCUCCCGCAGCAAACCAUCGCAGAGCGAAGAGAUGCAACUGCUGGCUCCUACCAGCGAACAGAUUUCUGCCAUCCAAGCAUACCGUGAGAAGAACCGCGCCUCGAAGCUGUUCAACCACCUCUCGGCCAUCUCCGAGAGCAUUCCCGCUCUGGGUUGGGUGGCGAUCGUGCCCACGCCGGCGCCCUACGUGAAGGAGAUGAACGACGCCGGGCAGUUCUACACGAACCGCGUGCUCAAAGAGUGGAAGGACAAGGAUCAGAAGCACGUGGAGUGGUGCCGCGCCUGGGUGCAGCUGCUCUCCGAGCUGCAGGCCUACGUCAAACAGUACCACACCACGGGACUUGUUUGGUCGGGCAAGGGUGCGGGCGCGCCGCCACCGCCGCCCGGAGGCAUGCCGCCGCCGCCGCCCGUACUGCCCGCGGCCGACUUCUCCAACCUGUCCGUGGACGACCGCAGCGCGCUCUUCGCCGAGAUCAACCAGGGCGAGCACAUCACUAGCAGCCUCCGCAAGGUGACAUCGGACAUGCAGACGCACAAGAACCCCUCGCUGCGGCAGGGCCCGGCGCCGUUCAAGGCGGCGUCGCAGGCGCCCAGCAAGGCGCUGCCCACGCCCGGCGCCGGCGCCAUAGACAAGCCGCCCGUCUUCGCGCGCGACGGCAAGAAGUGGCUCAUUGAAUACCAGAAGGGCAACUCCAACCUGGUAGUGGAGAACGCGGAGAUGAACAACGUGGUGUACAUGUUCCGGUGCCGCGACUCGGCGCUCACGGUGCGCGGCAAAGUGAACGGCGUGGUGCUCGACUCGUGCACCAAGUGCGCCGUCGUGUUCGACAACCUCGUGUCCAGCGUCGAGUUCGUCAACUGCCAGUCUGUGCAGAUGCAGGUCAGUCAACACUCUCAAGGUGAACGGCGUCGUGCUCUACUCGUGCACCAAGUGCGCCGUCGUGUUCGACAACCUCGUGUCCAGCGUCGAGUUCGUCAACUGCCAGUCUGUGCAGAUGCAGGUACUGGGCAAGGUGCCGACCAUCUCCGUGGACAAGACGGACGGGUGCCAGAUCUACCUCUCCAAGGACGCGCUCGACGUCGAGAUCGUCAGCUCCAAGUCCUCCGAGAUGAACGUGCUAGUGCCCAAGGGCAACGGCGACUACACGGAGUGGCCCGUGCCGGAGCAGUUCAAGACGGUGGUGACCAAGAGCGGCGGGCUGUCCACCACGCCCGUCGAGAGCAAGGGCUAAGCGCCCGCCGCGGCCCGGGAACAUUCCCACCAGACUCCGCAACCGGUCUAGUAGGGCCUUGCUCUCCGGUUGACCCCAUUUGAUUCUCUUUACCUUACAAUAUGACGCUGUAAGCAGUGUAAAGCAUCAACUAGAGACCGAGGCUUACAAGUCGUGGCAUAUGACCGUUACUGUUAACGGUGAUGAUUAUUUCAAAUGUUUAUUAUUUUUUGACGUCUUGUUUUUGAGUAAUUACAGUUUUUCGUAGUGUUUUUUUAUUACUUUAGUUUUUUAUUUAUUUCAAUUAAUAAAUCCUAUGAUUAGUAUUAUUCAAUUUAUACAAAUUUGCAUUUUAAUUAAUUCGGUUUAGUGUCACCCCUGACGUACAAGUGCCAUGGCUUGAACUACUCGUUUGCGGGGUUUGAUUACCAUACACGAUUAGUGCGCUCAAAGCCGGGUCUACCAACCACCCGUUCAUUUUGUUUAUUAACAUAAUUACUUUGCACGGUCUAGUUGUAACUUCUAACACACUAGAGUUCGUAUCGUAAUUGUAUCCAAAGCACAAAAUGUUCUCGGGCACUAGAUUAUUUACGUGUCCAAUCUGAUUUUGCCAAUGUGAAUUCGUUCUCCCCUCAUUUCCUAGUAUUUAAAUGUAUAUCUUACGUGACGUAGCAAUCAUUGUAACUCAAGUAUUUACUGGCCUUUUGAGAUGUAUCAGAAUGAUGUUCCUUGCUAUAUAUUUUUUAAUAAUGAAUCAGUCAUGUGUAAGGCGAGGGAGUACCGCUUGGUACGGGAUUUAGUUAAGUUAGGUAAGGCGUGUGACUGUAUCGAGUUUGGAGUUAGGAAUGCUUUUAUUGGUCUCGACUUUUGCUGUCACUAGCAGUGAUUCUAUAACCCCGACUUGUCUCGCAAAAUGCUAAUUUACUUAUCAACGUUUGAGUAAUCGAGUUCUCUCGAGCGGUUUACUGAGAUUUUCUAAUUUGAGACGAUUAUAAUUUAUUGGUAUUAUAAUUUUUAAUUUCUUUCGAGUAAGUAUUAUAUAAAUGUAGGCAAUAAUGAAUCAGUAUAAUUCUAUUCCGUUUUAUUAUGAAUGUGACAUUGCUAUUAAGAAUACUAUUGAUAAUGCCAUCAUUUUGAACAUAUGAAUAAUGAUAAUUUGUAAUACAAACGUUUGCAUUUUGUUAAUUUAUUUGUCGAGAGAUUAAACUAAGUUUUAAGGAAA